AAAGAAAAUUAGCAUCUUUGCGUUAGAAACUUGACAAAAUGCCACAUCUUUUUUUGUAGUUUGCCUCAAAUGCACACAUUAGCUAGUCGCUCACCUCAAGUUGCUCCAACUUCACACCAAAGUUCCUCUCAUUUCUCAGUUCAAGGGCAUAUGUAGCUCAUCCAGCUACGAAACUACUUUUGGUGGGGGAAGUAUUACCCCUAUUCCGAUUCGACGGAGGAUUACUGAAUUGAUACGAAUUCAGGGAGGGAUUUCUUGGCACAUAUCAGACGACGGGCGCCGGGCGCCGGAGAAGAAGAAGAAGAAACCAUGCCGAAGCGCCAGUCGACGCCUGAGCCAUGUGGCCAUAAUAUCACGGCCAAACGCCGGCAGCAGACGCGGCGGCAGCGGCAUCUCUAUCUCGUCGUGGACGAUUGGGAAAGAGGAUACAGCGUCCGCAAGAUCGACCUCGAAUCCUCCUCCGACCUGCAAGCGGCGGAUCCGGAGCCGGAGCCGCUCCCGGAGCCCCCCGUGGUGCGAUUCGAGGGCAAGCAUUGCCACCUCCAGCUCUUCGGCGUUCACGGCACCAAGAUCCUCGCCAUGCCGGCCUACGGCGCCGCCGACUUCCCCAUCUACGACACCCAGACCACGGCCAUCACCCUCUGCGCGCACCCAGACAACCUCAGAUCGACAUUCCCCGUCAUCCUGGCAUCCAUCGACGGCGCGCUUCACAUGAUACGGGGCUCCUGCCUGUUCGUCCUCGACGCCCCGCCGCCGCCGGCGGCCUAUCACAGGGCCGGCGACCAGCCAUGGACGUGGACAACCAAGCUGUCGGACCUCCCGUUCGCGACCCCGCACUUGAAAUCCUUCGCGCUGCACCCGGACGGGCGGACGCUCUUCGUCUCCGCCAGGAGGGGCACCUUCUCCGUGGACGCCCAGAGCCUCCGGUCCACGCGCCAUGGCGGCUGGAGCUUGCCGUUCCAAGGCGAGGCCUUGUUCGACAAGGCGCUCAAUGCCUGGGUCGGGCUCUGCGCUUACGAGGGCGGCGUUGGGAAUCUCUGCUCUUGCGAUGUUGUCGAAGCCGAAUGCCGGACCAUGCCGGCGUGGAAGCUCGGCAAGGACCGGCUGUUCUGCGCCGGCGACAAGAAGAGGAGGCACCUUGGCGCCAAGCUGCUCGCCAUGGGCGGCGACGGCGAGAGCAGUGACUACUGCCUUGUCGAGUCCGCGGUGCACGAGGAUGAGGAACCUGCUGGGACAAGGCACCGUGUGUUCCAUGUCACCGUGUUUGGGCUAGAGUACGAUGAAGACGGGGCGCUGAGGACGACGACACGGCGAAGGGCUGGCUCGUAUGAGAUGAGGGUUGCUCAUGAUCAUACUGACCGGUUGAGGAGUCCUGCGGCAUUCUCGCUCUGAGUUUGGGAGUAUUCGAGUUAGGGAGCAAUGAGACUGCUUAGUUGGAAGUUUGAGAUUAGUUGCAAGUUCAUGCAUCCAACUUGUAUU